AUGAUGGGUGAGGUGAAUCCCGAAACGGGCGUUUAUGCACCGGAAGAAUGUGACAUCUGUCGCACGGAUAGCAACGCCGAUCAAUCCCACGAUACCGAGGGCGAUUAUAUUGCACUCAAGAAGUGGGAACUGGGAUUUCUGAGGCGCGAAUGUGUCAAUCUGGGAUUGGAGACCUUCUACCUUAAAUAUAUGGAACGGGUUCAACGAAGCUAUCUGUCGAUAUUUGUGGUGCUGCAAACGUUCGUCAGUAUCUCGCAUGUGAUCGUCAUCGUGACCGGUAAGCCGCAUCCAACGGCGGCUAUUCAUCCUGAUCUGAUCUGCUAUCUGUUCGGGAUUCUAAUCGUAUGGAUUUCACUGUUUGCCGCCUUCAAGGAGGGUCUCGUGAAGGCUUACCCUUGGGUGCCGUACGUUUCCUCCAGCAUCGCUGUUAUUACGAUGAUAAUUACCGAUCUGACGAUUCCUCUGUACCACGCGGUUGUCACGUUCAUCAAUCCACCACUGCGGCCUUCCUACGCCAGCCAUACCAUUCUGGCGAUCUACAUAUUCCUUCCGCUCAGCGAAAACAUCCACGGUAUCAUACUGGGCAGUGCAACGUCUCUGUGCUAUCUGAUCGUGAUGACGCUGAUCACCUAUCGGCUGGAGAACGAUACGGCCCUGAAGGUGAUCACCGAGCUGAUCUACUUCAUCUGUCUGAAUCUGUUUGGGUUGUACUUUCGGCUCAUCAACGAAGUGGCCAUUAGACGGACGUUUCUCGAUCGACGGGAGCUGGUCGAGGGUAACUUACUAUUGAAGUUUGCCCGCAACCAAGAGAAAGAGCUACUGCUGAGCAUCCUUCCGGAACAUACGGCCGAACUAAUGGAGAAGGACAUUCGUGCGAUGAUAGAAAAGAUGCGCAACGAUCAGCACAAUGCCAACCAGACGAUCAAUACCCAAAACUUCUUCCGGACGGGCACACAAUGGCGUUCCAUAAACAAACUGUACGUACAGAAGCAUACCAACGUUACGAUUCUGUAUGCCGAUGUGGUUAACUACACGCACAUGACAACGCAGCUGCCCGUCCGCACCCUGGUGGACGUACUCCACGAGCUGUUUGUAAAGUUCGACGAAGCUUCAAAGGAGUUUAACGUGCUGCGAAUCAAGUUCCUGGGCGACUGUUACUACUGCGUGUCGGGUGUACCGGUACGCAACAAAUAUCACGCCAAAAGCUGUGUCAACUUGGGCCUGCGCAUGAUCAAGGACAUACGGGAUGUGCGUAUGUCGCGGGAUCUGAACAUCGAUAUGCGCAUCGGUAUCCACAGCGGAAGCAUCAUAUCCGGUGUAAUUGGAGCGUGCAAGUGGCAGUAUGAUAUCUGGUCGAAGGACGUUAUUAUUGCCAACAAGAUGGAAUCAACCGGGGAGGCAGGCAAAGUUCACGUUACAAUGCAAACUUUGGAGCUGCUCGAUGGUGAGUACAUCUUCGAAGAAGGUACACCACAGGCCAAGGAAGAUCCUAUCCUCGUCAAGCACAAUAUACAGACGUUUCUGAUCGUUCCCCAGCCGGGUUAUGACGAUGGUUCGUUUUUUACCGUUCAAGAGCCUGGCCCCAGCAGUCGCAUGUCGAGUGGCGUGAAGAGGAAAACCAUUAAAAAAGAACGCAAUUUGGUGACGAGAAAUUUUAUGCAAAACUCAAUGGAACAAUUUCGCGAGAUCAUGAAGCUGACCAAUGUCGAAAUGGCCUACGAAUUGGAGCGAAUGCCGAUUGGAAGAUUUCAGUUCAACAAGUUGUUCUCGUCUUACAAAACCUACAUCCAAGAGCCUUCGCACACGGUAACGCCGAGAUCUACGGAGAAUGGGCCGCGUUGCAGUGAAGAAGACACCAACCGUCUCGACAACAUGUCCCCAUUUUUUAUGUGUUUUGAAAACAAACGCUGGGAACUGUCGUACCUUCGGGAGCCGGAUCUAAUGCUCAAGUACAGCGUGCUGAUGAGUUUUAUCGUGUUCGUGUGCAUACUGCUAAUACAGAUCUUAAACGAAGCGUCGGGCAUGUACUUUUGGGUGCUAAAUGGGUUAUCCGGAGCACUGCUGCUUGCAUUCAUUCCCAUCACCUGGUUCAAGAAGGUCUGGGACGUCUACACGCCGUACUCGAUCGACGAUUUGCUGCGUGUCCGAAAGCCUCAAUCGAGGGUGAUGCGAAUAUUUUACGAUUUCUCCAACAAUAUCAUGAGUAACUACGUUAUUCGCACGGUGAUCUAUCUGAUUACGAUCGCGUUACUGGUGGUGUGUUCGUUGAUGUAUUUGAUAGAGUGUAGUUACGAUCUGCUGGACCAAACGACAACAACCGAGCUGCCUCCGAUCGAUGCGGACAAUCUAACGAACCUGUUUCAUGACACCCGAGCACCGUUUGAGUCGUUGGGUAAAAAUUUCUGCACAAAUCCAUGGUCCGUCACGCAGUGCCUUACGCUAGCGAUCGGGAUGGCUUUUCUAUUUCUCAGGAUACACUUUCUACUGAAAGCUGCCGUGGGUCUGCUGAUAUUCUUCUGCUACUGUUGGGCGAUCUUUGAUGAGCUGUAUAACUACUUCGACAGUAGCGCCAGCAUGAAUCCGGGCCUCGAUCCAAAGGUCUCCCACCUGAUGCUAAUUCUGUUCAUUGUCAUCAUAUUUCACUGGAUCGAUCGGCAGUCGGAGUACAUUGCACGGACGGAUUACAAUUGGAAACAACAGCUCUUGAAACAGAAGGAGGAAGCCGAAGUAACGAAGCAAACGAACAAGAUCCUGGUGGAAAACAUCUUGCCGACGCAUGUGGCCGAAAUCUACAUCAAUCGACAGUUGAAAAAUGAGUUCUACAACGAGGAGUACGAAAAUGUGGCGGUUAUGUUUGCGACCAUCACGAACAUGGAGGUGAACACCGACAUAUCUGUAGAGAAUGAGAAAAGUGUGCUGAAGGUACUGAACGAGAUAAUUUGUGAUUUUGACGAACGCCUGCAGUACUUCGACGGGUACUUGAAGGUGGAGAAAAUCAAGGUCGCCGGAUGGACGUAUAUGGCGGCCUGUGGACUCGAUCCGGGCAGGUGUGAUUCGUCCUCGUCUCUCAGUGGCUACCGUUCUGUGUCGGGCAUGACACGUACCUCUCUAAUGACCAACGGAAGGCGUAGUCUUAAUCCUCGCACCUCACUGGAGGUGACCCACAAGGCUAGCACGAGCACUAGAAGCAAUUCCAGCAAUUCUAGUCGGCAGAGCAACAACGUCACGAUCGUCAUGGCCGAGUUUGCGCUCGAGCUGAUGCGGGUGUUGCGAGACUUUAGUAAUGAAAAUUUCAAACAAACCAGCCCGGGAUUGCUGCGGGUCGGCAUAUCUCAUGGCAAGGUGAUGGCUGGUGUCGUAGGCUCCAGCAAACCUCUGUAUGAUAUCUGGGGAAAUGCGGUUAACAUGGCAUCGCGCAUGGAUUCCACCGGGCGUCCAGGUCGUAUUCAAGUAACGAAGGAAAGCGCGGAAGUGCUCCAAAGCUACGGCUAUCAGUGCGACUAUCGGGGCGAGAUAUUCGUCAAGGGUCGUGGAAAAAUUCCUACAUAUUUUCUAAAGAUAAGUAACGAUUUGAAGUUUCUCAAAAAGUCGUGUGCGACAAGCAAUGGAACUGUGCCCACCGAAUAUAUAACGACGAAGCUUUAG